AUGGCAACAAGUGCUUCAUCGGAUGAUGAGAAUAAAGCAAAUUGGCUUACUCGAAAACUAUCGCCUAAAAAGUCUACCUCUCCGCGAUCAUCUGCAAUAAACCGUCUUUCAUCAGUAACAAAUCCUAGUUUUAUAUCGAUUAGUGAUAUAUUAAGACCAACACGACCGACAGGACAUCAAUCUAAACCACAGCAAUCUACUAUUGAUAAUUCAUUAGUUGAUAUUGCAGUUAAUGCCGGUACAGAUAUUUCAUCUCUAGCAGAUAAAUCAAGAGGAACAAUAGAUUUUUUUCAUACACCACCUACCACUAUUCCAACAGCUCAAGGUAAUCGUUAUGAUGAUUGGUCAACAAUUGAUUGGUUAAGUGAUCAAGCUCGUGAUCGAUUAAGACAUGAAAUUAUUACAGAACAACGAAAACAAUCUUUAUGGAAACGUUUUUUAGCAUAUCAUGAUGCACUUUCUGGAUGGUUUUGUGUACUAUUGAUUGCUGUUAAUAUUGGCAUUCUUGCUGCUAUAGUUGAUAUUGGAGCAGUAUGGUUAACAAAUAUAAAAGAUGGAAUUUGUCUUCCAGCUUUUUAUCUUUCACGAGAACAAUGUUGUUGGACAGCAUCAAAUCAGACCUAUGAUAACUAUCAACAUAUUCGUUGUGUACAUUGGCAUGAAUGGGCUCAUCUUCUUCAUAUUACAAGUGGAACUACAGCUGAAUAUGUUGUAAAUUAUAUUGCUUAUGUUUUCUUCGGUCUUAUUUUUGCAACAUCAUGUGCUCUACUUGUAAAAACAUUUGCACCUUAUGCAUGUGGUAGUGGUGUACCGGAAGUAAAAACUAUACUUUCUGGUUUUAUUAUUCGUGGAUAUCUUGGUGUAUGGACACUUUUUAUUAAAAGUCUCGGUAUGAUAUUAGGUACUAGUGCUAAUUUAUUACUUGGAAAAGAGGGUCCAUUUGUUCAUAGUAGUUGUUGUUGUGGUAAUAUUUUUGCUCGUCUUUUUCCAAAAUAUGGACAGAAUGAAGCAAAAAAACGUGAAAUACUUUCUGCUGCAGCAGCUGCUGGUGUUUCUGUAGCAUUUGGUGCACCAAUCGGCGGAGUUUUAUUUAGUUUAGAAGAAGUUUCCUAUUAUUUUCCAUUGAAAACAUUAUGGCGUUCAUUUUUUUGUGCAAUGAUAGCAUCAUUAAUGGUUAAAGUUUUAUCACCAUUUGAAAAUCAACAUCUUGGUUUAUUUUAUGUUGGAAAUAGAUAUCGUUGGUUUUAUUUUGAAAUGAUACCAUUUCUUUUACUUGGAAUUCUUGGUGGUCUAUUUGGUUCUUUAUUUAUUAAAUUAAAUCUUGCCUGGUGUCGAAUAAGAAAAAGAACACUUUUAGGACGUUAUCCAGUGACUGAAGUCAUUGUUGUUGCUUUAGUUACAUUAUUAGUUUCAUAUCCAAAUCCAUAUACACGUAUGUCGAUGUCGGAUUUAAUUCGUCGACUUGUAUCAUCAUGUGAAUCAGAUGAUGAAAGUUUUUUAUGUAAUUAUGAACGAAAUAGUACAUCAGCUUAUGAAAAAAAUGAUAGUGCAAAACCACUAAGUGGUGUUUGGUUGUCUGUGGCUUUACUUUGUUCAGCUUUAGUUACUCAAACAAGCCUAUUUAUUAUAACAUUUGGCAUUAAAGUUCCUUGUGGUCUCUUUAUUCCUUCCAUGACACUUGGUGCAAUUACUGGUCGAAUUGUUGGUAUUCUUUUUGAAACUCUUGUUUAUUAUUGGCCAAAUUUUUUCUUAUUUGCUAAUGAAUGUAGUACAGCAGAUGAACAAUGUAUUGCGCCUGGUUUUUAUGCUGUUAUUGGUGCGUGUGCUUUUCUUGGUGGUGUAACACGAAUGACAGUAUCCCUUGUUGUCAUUAUGGUUGAAUUAACUGGUGGUCUGUCUUAUUCCCUUCCAUUAAUGUGUGCAGCAUUAGUUUCUAAACUUGUUGGUGAUGCACUAGUUGGUGAAGGUAUUUAUGAUGCACAUAUUAAAUUAAAUAAUUAUCCAUAUCUUGAUGUUAAAACUGAAUUUAUUGAUCAAACAACAGCAGUGGCUGUACUUGAAAAUAAAGAAGAAAAAAAUGAAUUAAUUAUGUUACCACGUGAUGGUUUAACAUUAGAAGAAUUAACUGUUAUAAUACGUACACACAAAUAUAAUGGUUAUCCGGUUGUUUCUAGUCGAGAAGAACCAUCAAUUAUUGGUUUUGUUCUACGUCGUGAUCUUCAAUUAGCUAUCGAACAACGAACAUUAAUCAACAUACAAUCUAAUAUGAAUCCACAUAUAUCAUUUUCACGUACAACAAAUCAAUCAAAUUCACUAAAUAUUUAUCGCUUAUUAAAUCGUUCACCAACAACAGUAACAUUAGAUACACCAACAACAACAGUUAUAGAUAUGUGUAGAAAACUUGGUGCACAAACUAUAUUAGUAACGAAUGAUAAAGGACAUUUAACUGGUAUUCUUACCAAAAAAGAUAUUAUUGCUUAUGUUAAACAAAAAAAAACGAAAUAA